AUGGGGGCAUCUGUACUCUCCAUGUUGCUUCUACUGAGUGGAUCUGUAACAGACAGGUCCAAUAAGAAAAUUGAGGACACACCUUCUGGCAAAAAAGCUCAUGAACCGCUCUCAGACGCAUGCACUUCUGCAACGUGCGUCUUACUGAGGAAGCAGGUUCGGUGCCCCUCCAGUCGACGUAUAGGCUAUAGCAGCACUCUUCAUUCCGACCGUCACUUCUGCGAAGAUGGUUUCUUAAUCCUGUUCUUGUCUGUUGCCACGCUAGGGUUGGAAGCCAAAGCGAGAGCAGUUCCGAUUGAGGCAUGUGGUGUGGGCCUUGACAGAGGAGGACGAAUAGUUGGAGGAUGGAAUGCCACUGAAGGGGAAUUUCCCUGGCAGGUGUCUCUCCAGCACAAGAACUCCAGAGACCAUUUUUGUGGGGGAUCUAUCAUUGAACCGGACAUCGUUGUCACCGCUGCGCAUUGUGUAGAGGGGAGAGGUCCAGAGCAUUUAGUAGUCCACGCUGGAAUCGUGGACCUUGAAAACCCGACGAACUACAGCCAGCGCCGUGAUGUGGAAAAAAUUAUCGUCCACAAGUCAUAUCGUAGUGCAGACUUUGCCAACGAUAUAGCUCUGCUCAAGUUGGAAGUCCCAUUUAACUUUACCGAGAGCUACGGGGACAUCGGCACUGUCUGUCUUCCCGCCAAGGAUCUCCUGCUGGAGGGCAAGAUACCAACAAUAUAUCCCCAUGGACAUUUUCUGAAUGGAAAGGGAAAUCUAAUCUUGAGCGUUCUCAUUUCAGGCGGACAUACAUCUUUGCAUCUGCUUGCUGUAUCAGUUCCUGUAAUACAAUCAUUUGAGAUUUGUAACCUUGCAUCUUUGAACCGUUACGAUCCCGAGAUCAAGUUCUGCGCCGGAAGCCCCGGAAAGGACGCGUGCGAGGGUGACUCCGGCGGUACAGCCCUGAAGAAGGAAGGCAAUAUAUCUACCCUUGUCGGUGUGACCUCUUUCGGUGACAACUGUGGCGUGCAUCCGGGCAUCUACACCAGGGUGACGGCCUACACUGACUGGAUUCCAGAGAACAUCGCCAAGUUACGGUCGUCCUAGCGAAAUCUGUCUCCAAGAAAGACCAAUACAUAUUCCUAAAUAAAGGGCUGAAAAUAAA